AUGGAACCACAACUAGCAGAGCUGGAGCGAGUUCAAACCCGAAUCCUUAAUCGAAUAUCAAAACUCGAGCUCUCUCUUCCUCUCCAAAACAACAACAACAACCUCUCCUCCACCACCACCACCAGCGACGGUGGCGAAACCACUGAAGCUCGCCUCUUCGCCAUUCUCCGAUCAAACGGUGUAAAUGACUUCGCCUUCAAAAAUGUCCCCUCCGAUUACUACGACUGGCCUCUCGAGUCCCGACGCGACAUUCUCGGUGCCGCGUCUAUCGAUCACCUUUGUAAAAGCAUCGUCUUGGUUAAUACCCAGGCCCCAUCCAAUAUCACUGACUGCAGUGAUCGCAAUAAUUUGAAGUAUUACAUUGUUGUUGUUCAGUACACUGCUCGAUUCAAUGCUGAAACUGUUAAAAACUAUCUGUAUGCUCUCAAUGGUGGCAAGAUAGCUAAAAAGAAAUUCAACUUGAGGCUUGCCCCUGAGGAGACAUCAGUGAAGCUGACGGGAUACGAGCACAAUGGGGUGACAUGUAUUGGCAUGAAAACAGACAUUCCGGUGAUUUUGGAUGAAGCCAUUGUAAGACUCAAUCCUGAUUUCUUCUGGUUGGGCGGAGGAGAGAUUGAUUUGAAGCUGGGGAUAAGGACCUCUGAAUUUAUUGAUUUUGUUAAACCAUUCGUUGUCAGCUGCAGUGGCGCAUGA